AUGCCCGGAAAACAAUUCCCCCUCAAGGAGUACAUUGCCGCUCUGGCCAAGUUUCUGGACACCAUAGAGUACCAGGACGACAAUUUCAGCCAUGAGCAGCGUGUGGAAAGUCUACGAUAUGUCUACCAGCACACAGCAAAACAUUUCGACCAACCGAUCGAAAAGGCUGCGGUAACGGUCAGUCCCAAAAGGCUGCAGGCUGUCAUGCGAACUAGCACACUCGUUACGGUCUAUUGCUGGGUCAAGUGUCCACUUGAUGUCAUGGUAGGCGUGUCUAUCUACUUUGCCUAUAUCAUCAUGCUGGAUGACUCGAGCGACACUCCCACCACAGAGAUGAAAACCUUUUGCGAAGAUUUGAUCAAGGGAAGGCCUCAGAAACAUCUGUUUUGGCAGCGCAUGAAUGCGCAUCUGACAAACUUCCUACGUUAUUACGACGGGUUCUGUGCCAUCACGAUCUUUAGAAGCACAUUGGACUUCUUCCAGGGCUGCUGGAUCGAGCAGAACAACUUCGGCGGCUUCCCUGGGUCGAGCUACUUUCCACACUUUCUUCGGCGUCUAAAUGGCCUCGGCGGCAUCUCUAGCGCUACUCUCUUCCCCCGCUCGGAGUUUGAUGAAGGGACUGUCUUUGAAGAGAUCGUCACCGCAAUCGCACAAAUCGAACCGCAGCUUACACUCUGUAACGAUCUGAUCUCGUUCUACAAAGAAUACGACAGUCCAAGGGAUCAGAUCAACUUGGUCAGCAACUUAGCCCACUGCAACGGAGUUAGCUGGGAGAUUGCCUUUGAGGAAUUGACCCGCGAUACGAUCCUCUAUUGCGAGCAAUUGGUGACUGUCUUCAAAGGCAAAGAUCCCAAAGUCGAGGCUACCGUUCGUGCCUUCGUCCAUGGCUAUGUCAUCUGGCAUCUGUGCGAUCCGCGGUUCCGCAUGCAAGAAGUCUACGAGCAGGCGGGCCAGAGUGAGGCCGAUCUGAAGUUCCGUCACUUUUACGAGCAGGCAACCAGCAUCGGCGUAAUUGACUUCAAGCUCUGGGCUAGCCCGAGCCGUCUCAGCAGCGACAAACGGAAACACGAACAGGCUUUCGGUGAUGAUCCCCAGAAUGGUAAGACCCGUGUGCUUGAAAGCAUUGGGCAAGCGAACGCCAGCGAAGCUGUCGCGUUAGCUCCUCUGGCUUAG